AUGGCUGCAUUUCGGAGAGCCAUUGCUCUCCCGGCCGGCGCUCGAUUACGGCCUCGGACCUUCAUCGCCCACCCUCGACCUCUUUCCGCCCCCGUGUCCCGUUGCCGUACCUAUAUUUCCACCGCGCCCCGACGGCAAGAUACCUUCCACUUCCAGCUCGAAAACACCCCCAAUGCUGCCGCCCUCCGCCCCUCUCAGCCGGCCCCCACCCCGGACAACCCCCAGACCCUCACAGAAAAGAUUGUCCAGCGAUACGCCACAGACCUACCCCCGGGUAAGAAGGUCAGGGCCGGCGACUAUGUCACGAUACGGCCCGAGCGGAUCAUGACGCACGAUAACUCUUGGCCCGUGGCCUUGAAGUUCAUGCAAAUCGGGGCCUCCAAGAUCUACGACAACCGCCAGGCCAUUAUGUGUUUGGAUCACGAUGUGCAGAACCAGAGCCCUGCAAAUCUUAAGAAGUAUAGACAAGUGGAGGAGUUUGCUGCCCAGCAUGGUGUUCGAUUAAUACCUCCAAUUGCCAAGAUCACAUUCACUGGCAUCCUCCCCCGUGGCGUCACCGGCAAAGACGUUAUUGUUGCUUUGUGUGGUUUGUUCAACCAGGACGAAGUCUUGAACCAUGCCCUUGAAUUCACGGGUUCCGAAGAGACUUUGGCAAGCAUCCCUAUCGAUGCCCGCUUGACGAUUGCCAACAUGACUACUGAAUGGGGUGCUCUGAGUGGACUAUUUCCGGUUGACGAGAAACUCAUCUCCUGGUAUCGCGCCAAGGCUACUACGGCGGCCAUGUUCAACAGUCCCCUCAAGGAGCGCAUCAACCACGAGCGCAUCGACGAGCUUGUCAAAAACAAACUAGUUGCAGACCCCGGCGCUUCUUAUGCCAAGGAGCUUUAUCUGAACUUAUCCACGCUUUCCCCAUUUGUUUCCGGGCCUAACUCGGUGAAAAUUAUUACCCCUGUCCAGACUCUCGAAUCUCAAGAUAUCCCUGUGAAUAAGGCUUAUCUCGUUUCCUGCACCAACGCCCGGAGCUCGGACUUCGCCGCCGCCGCUCGCGUCUUCCGCGAGGCGGCCAAGGAUGGCCAGCCCGCCAAAAUUGCCCCCGGUGUCAAACUUUACAUCGCUGCGGCCUCUGCUCCCGAGCAGGAGCUAUCCGAGGAAGCGGGCGACUGGCAGGUCUUGAUUGACGCUGGAGCUCAAGUUCUACCUCCCGGUUGUGGCCCUUGCAUUGGUCUCGGUACGGGUCUUCUCGAAGACGGCGAGGUCGGUAUAAGUGCUAGUAACCGGAAUUUCAAGGGCAGGCUUGGACAUACAGGAGCGAAGGCCUACCUAGCGAGUCCGGAAACCGUCGCGGCCAGCGCGCUUCGUGGUAAGAUCGCCGGUCCUGGUUGGUACCAGAAGCCCGAGGGUGUAGAGAAGGUCAUUCUUGGUGAGGGUAGCGGUGAUCAUGUCGUCGACAAGGCUCGGUCUGUCGAGGAUGCUCUUGACAAACUCCUUGGUGAGGUCGAUAGCAUGAUCGCCACCGCUGAGGGCGCCCACGAGGGUGCCGCAGAGCAGUCAUCCGGCAGCUCCGCCGCGCCUGAAGAUGAAGAGUCUUUAACCGAUAUUCUGCCUGGCUUUCCUGAGAGGAUUGAAGGUGAGAUCAUCUUCUGUGACGGGGAUAAUAUCAACACGGAUGGCAUCUACCCGGGCAAAUACACCUACCAGGAUGACAUUUCUAAGGAGAAAAUGGCCGAGGUGUGCAUGGAGAACUACGAUACCGAGUUCCGCACGACCGCCAAGGCUGGCGACAUUCUGGUAACGGGUUUCAACUUUGGCUGUGGAUCCUCGAGAGAACAAGCCGCGACCGCCAUCUUAGCGAAACAGAUUCCUCUCGUCGUUGCCGGCAGUUUCGGCAACAUCUUCAGCCGUAACAGCAUCAACAAUGCUCUCCUCGGCGUCGAACUGCCCGCCCUUGUACGCCGUCUACGCGAAGCGUACAAGGAUGAGGCCGACAAGAAAGUCCUGACUCGCCGCACCGGCUGGAAGCUGCUAUGGGAUAUUCGCCGCUCCAAGGUCGUCAUUACCGAAAAGGAUGGCUCCUCGUGGGAACAGAAGGUCGGCGAGAUGCCCCCCAACGUGCAGGAAAUCAUCGCUUGCGGUGGACUUGAAGGCUGGGUCAAGGCUAAGAUCGCGGCCGAGAAGUGA